AUGCCACCAAAAAGAAAGGCUCAGUCUUUGGGACUGGAUAGAAGAGUACGCGUCAGGCGCGACGAAAAUUGGCAGCUUGAGCCAGAGUCCGACAGCCAACAAUCGGACGACGACAUCUCAGAGGAAGAUGUUCGCGAGCAGGAAAGCGAGGAUGAGAAAACGUCAGACGCUGAAGACGAUGGGGAAUCAGAGUCUGAAUCAGAUGACGAGGCGCCUCCCAAGGUCGACAUUUCGUCCGUGUCGUUUGGCGCCCUAGCCCGCGCGCAAGCAUCCAUGCCCUCCACAAGCCGACGAGCCAAGAAGAACCGCAAAGACACUGACUCGGACGCCGCCGAAUCUACCCAGCCCGCCAAGCCGACCUCGCUCCGCGAACAGGCCGAAGCCCGCCACAGCGCGCACAAGGACAAGCCCCCGAGCCGCACGUCCAAGCACGCGCCGCAGGAGCAGACCUCCAAGAAGCCCGUCUCGCGGCGCCGCGAGAUUCUCGCCGACCCGCGGCGGAGGGCGCGCGAUCCGCGCUUCGACCCGGCCGUGGGCAGCGUCGACGAGGACAAGACGCGGCGCGCGUACGCCUUUCUCGACGAGUACCGCGAGCGCGAGAUGGGGGACCUGCGGGCGGCCAUGAAAAAAUGCAAGGACCCGGCGGAGAAGGAGGCGAUGAAGCGCCAGCUGCUGUCGAUGGAGUCCAAGAAGAAGGCGCAGAAGAAGAAGGACGAGGCCGAGGGCCUGCUCAGGGAGCACAGGGAAAAGGAAAAGACGCUGGUGGCGCAGGGCAAGCAGCCGUUUUACCUCAAGAGGAGCGAGCAGAAGAAGCAGCUUCUGACGAACCGCUUCGCGGACAUGAGCAAGGGACAGGUGGACCGCGCGAUUGAACGCAAGCGGAAAAAGGUGGCCGGCAAGGAAAGAAAGGAGUUGGAUAGUCUGGUGCGCGUGAGAGGUGGCCGUUAG